AUGACCAACGACAUUGAACUUUUAAAAAAUUAUCCUAGUAUCACAGAAUUGGACCGUUUUUUGGACAACUAUAAGAAUCCUUCGUUUCCAUUGAUUAGCGCGUUGUUGAACUAUACUGUGCCACAGAUUUACCUGUCUUUGCCGAACAGCACCGAGUCAAAGUUAAGGUACAAAUUCCAGAGCUUAAUUGGUUUUGGAAACUUACUUAGUAAAGUGUCAAGCGUACUAAAUGUACCAAACAGUGAUGCCGAACUAAGGGUCUACUUUGAUUUUUUAUUAUCGGUAGUCGAUGAGCAAUUUGUUGUCAACAUUGCAUCAAAUAGAACAUCUCCAGAAUUGAAAGAGAUUGACAAACUUGUGUUUAAGGGGAAAUUGUUAUCAGUAGUGAAUGAAGUUACUAUAUCAAAAGGCUGGGAUAUUACUAAUGUGGCAUUACAGUCGUCUAAGUCAUAUGCCCAUUACUUGUCCACCGGUGUUGCCAAGUUGUAUCAACAAGGGUUACAGCCAGACAUUUUUGUGCAAUCACUUCUCAAUUUGAGUGCAGAAUCGCUCAUAGAGUUUUUCAGUAUCUUUUUCACUCGUGAUUACUGGGCACAUUUUGAAGAGACUCUCCAUCGUCAAAAAGAUUUCCAAAGAAGAGAUUUCACGAAGCGAUUUUUUUUAGCAUAUGUCGUUCUCAUAGUCACUGAUGCAAACAUGUUGCCUUUGUUCAACAUUCUCAAGUCCUUUUGUGAGUACAUGGAUGAGAAUUUCAUCGAGAGUGUGGUGGUGAGAUCAAAUAAGGCACUCAUACUGUUGAUCGCUGCCAUACUAUCACAAAAAACUGGUGAAACUGGUCCUUGCAUGCCCCCUUUCGUUAUGAGUCAGUUGCAAAAAUGGUCAGAUCCAAUGUAUAUCAAAAACGAGCCCAUUACAAUCCAAGAAUUUAGGACAUUUCUUAUUUUUCAACUACUUAGCCGGUGCAAAGAUGGCGAAUUCAUAAAAGGAUUGACAAAAAACAAGAUCUGUCUCGAGGGAAUUAGCAAUCAUCUUCAAUCAUUUUCAAUCAAUGCGAGGUCGCUAGGUAUCAUUCUUGCGGAUAGGAUCUGUGAGCUAAGCGGAGAGCUCAAAAUUUUCAAGUCCACAAACAUUGGCCAUGAUUAUGAUGAGCUUUUGGCUCCAGUUGAGGAACUUGAAAGCUUGAGUGUUGAUGUUGCAUGGGAAUUUUUGAAGGAAGAAAACACUAACUCCCCCAUUCACAAGCCGGUUGCCAGUCAGCCAAAUUUAGAUAUUCUUGCUGACACCCCCAUGGAGGAUACUUCAGAUGAUGAUGGCUCCCUACUUCCCAAACCAAAAGUUCCGGAGCCCAUAUAUGUAAAAGACUUGAUAUCAUAUAUCUCCAUCGAUUCUAAAAAACCCCAAGCAUAUGAAAUGCGCCGAGUUGCUUUAUUGCAAGGUCCAACUCUUUUACGACGAAAAUCACGUCAAGGAAAUGAGGUUGAAUUUUAUUCUCAAGAUCUACUCGCAAAUCUCAUUGCCUUGGACAAUUUUUACAAUGACCCAGACUUUGAUGAUUUAAAGUUGGUCAAUAUGGUUAGUGUUAUCGUCACCAACCCUAAUGUAACUUUCUAUAUGUUUGACUUGUUAUUGACGGGGGAUUAUUCGCUUCAACAACGAAUGUUUAUCCUAUCCGCUACGUCGCUAGCUGCACGUGAACUACGCGGUAUCAAGGAUGACAUAGUUUUUCAAUCGUUUACCGAAAAGUCAUUUCCAACAAAGCUACUUCCUUCUUCGUUACACAACAAAUAUAUUGGGGGAUUGAAGUAUAUAAAUCAAAUUGAAAAUGAACUUCAAGAUUCACUUAUGCAUGAUGCUUCAAGUGAUGCUAAAGAUCAAAUAAUCGGUAAAGGUAAAUUGGUACGCAUCUCACGAUCACUAACCCAACCAAAGGAUGUACAAACAAGGGAGAAACCGGUAAUUCCCAACUUUUACAAAAUUAUCGGAACAAAUUUCUUUUUCCCUUUGCUUAAUGUGUGGUAUGAGUCUGGAUCCAUUGAUAUUGGACACUACUCGCCAAUCUUCAUUGCUCAAUAUAUCAAAACAUUGAGUUUAUUACUCCACGUUGCGUACCCAUCGUCGACACAACUUAAAGACAUGAUCAAAGAGUUUAUGUUGUUGUCUUGCACUGUGAUACGAAAAGUGACUUUGGAAGAGAUUCAAGUUAUUGAAUCAAUACUUACUGGAAUAUUACUCAUAUUGGAAUUGAUUGACGCUGAGUUUUUGGUGCUCGACUUCAACGAUGAGAUAAUGUUGGUAUAUAAUUGGUUAACUGCGACAUGGGAAGGAAUUAUUGAUAACAGAGUCAAGAGCCUUGCUGCUGGCUUGUUAUUGAAGUUGCAAGAGGUUUCAAAGAAGUUUGAAAGGACCUUGAUUGACCAGGAUUAUGGUCUAUAUUGA